AGUGACGUCUAGGUAGACGAGGCCCCGAUCUCCCUGUGCGCGAGCACCCGCGCAUGCGCUUCGAGAACGAAGCGGGGACCCGUAUUUCCGGGUCCUCCGAAGUCGGCGGCCGAGAUGGCGGAGAGCGAGGAGUACGAGUCGGUGCUCUGUGUCAAGCCGGAAGUCUACGUCUACCGCGUGCCUCCGCGCGCCUCCAAUCGGGGCUACAGAGCUGCGGAGUGGCAGCUGGACCAGCCAGCGUGGAGUGGCAGGAUGCGAAUCACAGCCAAAGGGAACAUGGCUUAUAUCAAGCUGGAGGACAGGAAUUCAGGAGAACUUUUUGCCCAGGCACCUGUGGACCAGUUUCCUAGCAUUGCUGUGGAGGGUGUGAUGGAUUCCAGCCGAUAUUUUGUCAUCCGGAUCGAGGACGGGAACGGCCGGCGGGCGUUCAUUGGGGUUGGCUUUGUCGACCGAGGCGAUGCCUUUGACUUCAACGUCGCUCUGCAGGACCAUUUCAAGUGGGUCAAACAACAGAGUGAACUUGCCAAACAGGCCCAGAAUCCGGACCAGGGGCCUAAACUAGACUUGGGCUUCAAGGAAGGGCAGACCAUCAAGCUCAACAUUGCGAAUGUGAAGAAAAAGGACGGCUCCUCAGGCAGCAGACUGCGUGCAGCAGGCUCUGGGGGACCCAGCCUCAUCCCACCCCCUCCUGGAGGAAAGGCUUCUAUCGUCUCCCUGCCUGGGGAGCAGCUUCUCUGCUGCCCUGCGGAGUCCCCAGCCAGUGCUGCCAAAGCAGCAGAUGCUUCUGUCCCUUGGCCACCUCCACAACCUCAGAAUUCUACAGCAGAAGCAGCUGCCGACAUCUGGGGAGAUUUCACCAAAGCUUCUGGGUCUGCUUCUGGCCAGACUCAGCAGAACUCCAGGUGGGUCCAAUUCUAAGUCGGGGUGUGCUGCACUUUUCUUGCACAAAGGCCUCCUUUUGUCGUUGUGGACCAAAGAGGAAGUUGCUGGCCCUUGUGGUGUUUCUGGAGAUCCCGGCUCUUGACAUAUUCAGAUGUUUGCUUUGGGCAUUAUGGGAAAGUGAAUGGGGGGGAUCUGGGUGGGCUAUAGGAAUCCUCUUCUCGCCUCUUCUCCCCCCCCGUGCCUCCUUAGCACUUUAGACUCUCUUCUGCUGCCCAGAGUCCCUAAAAGGGGGGGAAGAUUCUUUCUUCACUCAAAUCACAGCUUAAUGACCUGAAAGAACUUGGAAGCUUGGAGGGCUGGAAGAGGGGUGGUGGCCAUGCCUGACCUUCCUCCAGAAAGAAAACUGUUCACUCUGUCUCCCAUCUGCCAUUUUUCCUGUGUGGUGUCUUAGUACGUUUGUUAAGACACUUGCCCACCUCACCCCCUUUCCAGCUUGGAGGGAUGUUGUGGUGCAGCUGCACCAGGGAAAGCAAUCUGCACGACCGACUCUCUCACUGCAAGGCGGCUUCCGUUAUCUGGGUCAGAGCAGCUGCAGCCUUUUGUGGGGAGUGACUGGGAGCUCCCCACCCUCUCCCGUGCAGGCAUUCUCUGCACUUCGGUUUGCUGCAAAUUUGAAUUGGGCUUAACCGUCAGGCAUCUCCUGUCGGGAAUUGUAAUUUCCAGAAUACCUCCUGGCUGGAAGGGUGCUGGGGCUCCAUUCUGUUGUCUAGCUGUGCCUUUGCUUGUUGUGUUUGAGGUAGUGGUGCCGGGGGCAAGAGAAGGUUCAUCGGCUUGCUGGGCGGACUGUGGGGAUGCUACAUCGUCUCUCUAGGUGGGUUCUCUCCCUUGUGCAGCUUUUCCAUGCAAAGUGCCCCCUUCUCUUAAGAUUUUGUGAAGGACAAACUGCUUUCUCGGCCAUCUUAUGGAACUGGACUUGAAUUGUUUUGAAAUAUAGCUCUUUAUAUACACUCUUACCUAUUUAUGCUAAGGUGAAGGCCUUUUACAUAAUGUUUUAUCAUUAUGAAACACCUUACGUUUUUGUCUGCCUUUUCUAUCGUUAUUUUUGAGCUGGUUCCUGAAUAAAUAAAUAUAUCUAUCUA